UUCAUCCUGCCCUUUUAAUACUUUUGUAUCUGUAGAUCUUCAUAUUUCUCUAAGUUCUUCCACCCAAAUUGUCUUUUAAGCCCACCUUGGCCAUUCUCACAGACUAGGCCUUUGAUUUUUUCUCCCCCCUCCUUCUGCUCAACAACAUGAGCGUGGAUCUAGCUUCUCCCCAAAGCCUGCCUUGCCCUGAAACAGACAAUUCUCGUGAGUCUUCACCAAUGCCGGAGAUUUAUGAGGCUGAAAAAAACUAUGCAUCCUUGCAAAUGUCGUCUGCUGAGGUGCACCAGCCAGAGACAGUCUCUCCUCUUCCUUCCUCUGUGGAUCUGCUUAUUCAGGAUAGCCCCGACUCUUCCACCAGUCCCAAAGUAAAACUACCCAUGUCUGGAGGGAAGAGCGCAGGGAGGAAGGAAGAUGAGGGCCAGGUGAAGAAACAGAAGAUCAGAACCGUGUUCUCUCAGACCCAGCUGUGUAUACUCAAUGAUAGAUUUCAAAAACAGAAAUACCUCAGUCUCCAGCAGAUGCAAGAACUUUCCAACAUUCUGAACCUCAGCUACAAACAGGUUAAGACCUGGUUCCAGAACCAGAGAAUGAAAUGUAAGAAGUGGCAGAAAAACACCAACUGGUCAAAGAAUGGCAACAGUGUGAUCCAGAAGGGCUCAGCACCUACAGAAUUCCCAGGACUCUACUCUUCCUAUCCCCAAGGUUGCUUGGCGAACACUUCCGGUAACUUCCCCAUGUGGAGCAAUCAGACUUGGAACAGUCCAAUUUGGAGCAGCCAUUCCUGGAGCAGCCAGCACUGGUACACCCAAGCCUGGAAUAAUAACCCAGUCUGGAACAAUCAGUUCCAGAACAGUGGAGAGGAAUCCCUGCAGCUCCAGGUCCAAUUCCAGCAAAAUUCUCCUGCCAGUGAUUUGGAGGCCACCUUGGGAAGUGCUGGGGAAAACCAUAAUGUAAUAGAGCAAGCUGCUAAAUAUUUUAGUACCCUACACACCAUGGAUUUAUUCCCAAAUUACUUCAUGAAUACCCAGCCUGAAGAUGUAUGA